CAAUGUACGGAGUGUCUUGUAUCCAAAAUGUGCGACCCGCCUUGUGUACCAAGUGACCUGUAUCCGUUCCAAUGGCUUCUCUGGCUCGGACCGCGACCUGUUUCUCCAAGAUGAGCCCUCUCCUGCAGGGGGCGAGAGCUCUCACACAGGUUCCAAAUGUCUGUCAGAGAAGAACAUUUACUGCAUCCAAGCCCUUCCCGGUGGCUCAGUAUGGUGGACGCUUCACAGUCACCAUGUUGCCUGGAGAUGGUAUUGGCCCAGAAAUGAUGGGCUAUGUUAAGAAUAUCUUUAGAUAUGCAGGUGUGCCUGUUGACUUUGAAGAGAUUCAGAUAACAAAAAACUCAACUGAUGAAGAAUUCGCAAAUGCUUUGAUUUGUAUUAAAAGGAAUGGUGUUGCUUUGAAAGGCAGUAUAGAAAGCAAGUAUGGUGAUGUUUUCUGUGGCUCCCGCAAUGCCUCACUACGCACAGAACUGGAUCUUUUUGCAAAUGUUUUACACUGUAAAACAUACCCUUCUGUCCGUUCACGCUACAGCGGCGUGGAUAUUGUCAUCAUUCGUGAAAACACUGAAGGAGAAUACUCCAUGCUUGAGCAUGAGAAUGUGAAGGGCGUCAUUGAGAGUCUGAAGAUCAUUACCAGGAAGGGCUCAGAGCGAGUUGCGCGGUAUGCUUUUGAAUAUGCUUUAAGGCAUGAUAGGAAGAAGGUCACAGCAAUCCAUAAAGCAAACAUCAUGAAAUUGUCUGAUGGACUCUUUCUGGAGACAUGUCGCAAUGUAGCAAGAGAAUAUUCUGAAAUAGAAUUCAGUGACAUGAUAGUUGACAACACUUGCAUGCAGCUGGUGGCCCGACCCCAACAGUUUGAUGUUAUGGUGAUGCCCAAUCUCUAUGGCAAUGUGGUGUCAAAUGUUGUUUGUGGACUUGUGGGUGGACCCGGAUUACUGUCUGGACGCAAUUAUGGUGAACAUUUUGCAGUGUUUGAACCAGGAACACGCAAUACUGGAGCAUCAGUAGCAGGCCGCAAUAUAGCUAAUCCAGUAGCAAUGUUAAAUGCUGCUUGCGAUAUGUUGGAACACCUGGAGCUGGAGGAACAUGCUUACCUAAUUCGGGAUGCUGUUGACAAAACAGUUAAUGAGGACAUGAUCCAUACUGCUGAUCUGGGUGGACAAGCAACUAGUUUGGAUGUUGUUCAAAACAUCAUUCGGGUAAUCCAAGCCAACACUAAGGAAAAAAAGUGGUAACUAAUUUCCUCAUUUCCUUCUUUACUAUGCAAGCUUGUAAGUGCUUUUCCUUAGUUUUUUAUUUAUUCAUUUUUGUAUACUGGCUUUUGUUAAUUAUCACUCAAAAUGUAAAUACAUGAGGUAAAAUUUUACAGUUUUCAUUAGUUUUCUAGAGCCUUCACUGGGUCUUAAGUAGCAGAAACAAACUUCCCUUUUGUUGUACCGUACUUACCACAUUAAAAUAGGACUACUCUCACCUGUCCACCAGUCAACCUAUAACAAAUAUCAAGUUUCUUUUUAAUGACUUUGGGAAAGUUUGGCAGAUUAAACCAGUGAUGUGCAGCUUCUUGCUAAUAUCAGUGUUGAGCUCAGCAGUGAAGCCAAUAAAUAUUGGAUAAUGACAGGGGAUAACUGUGUAUUAUGGAAUUACAGUACCUUUAACUAAAUAUUAAAUAUUUAUAUUUUAUAAAACAAAAGCAUUCAAAUAUUAUUUUUCACCAUUUGUUUUCAACUAUUUGCUCAUUUUAAUAAUGUUGACUGUAUUGUCACUGUCAUGCAUGUAGCUAGAUUCCUGUACAUAAAAUGUGUUAGUAGACUAAAUUUAUUAAAGAUUUGUUAAAAAGUUAA